CCCGGGCCUGGGCGGACGGAGUGCAGGCUUCCGCGCGGGGCGGACCCCGCUCCGUGCUGACGUUGGCAGCCGAACCCCGAAGGAGUUGAAGGCGACGGGCGGCUGCGCGAUCCGCGGCUGGCGUUGCGUGGCGUGGCGUGGCGUUGCAUUGCAUUGCGUUCCGCUGCGUUUCCUUCCUCUUCCUUGCACGGCUCCGGCCCCUCGCCCCGGCUGCCCAGGCCGCGGCCCCAGCAAGUCGGUCGGUGAGUCGGUCGGUGAGUCCGGGCCCGGGCGUCGGGCAGGUGGGACCCCGCGAAGAUGGUCGCCAAGCAGCGGAUCCGCAUGGCCAACGAGAAGCACAGCAAGAACAUCACCCAGCGCGGCAACGUCGCCAAGACCUCGAGGAACGCCCCCGAAGAGAAGGCGUCGGUGGGACCCUGGCUGUUGGCCCUCUUCAUCUUCGUGGUGUGCGGCUCUGCAAUUUUCCAGAUUAUUCAAAGUAUCAGGAUGGGCAUGUGAAGUGACUGACUUUAAGAUGUUUCCAUUCUCCUGUGAAUUUUAACUUGAACUCAUUCCUGAUGUUUGAUACCCUGGUUCAAAACAAUUCAGUAAAGCAUCCUGCCUCAGAAUGACUUUUCUGAUCAUCCUUCAUGUGUCAUUCCAAGGUUUCUUCUCAAGUCAUUCCAACUUUUCUAGACCAUGCCACAGUGCCUUGCAAAAGCACCACAUGAAUAAAGCAAUAAAAUGUGUUAAGUUACAGUAGUGGACCCUACUUAUUCAGUCAGUAAAGAGUUAAAAAAUUUUAGAUGUGAUUAAAAAAAAAGUAUACAGCCUAGAGAAUUAAAUCUGCAUGUGGACAGGGUCUGGAAUUUGCUAACUAUAUGAGUACAGUUAGUGCGACAUAAAAUCUGGAACCUGCAGUUCUUUAUAGCUAGGCACUUAUUGUUCUCUCUCGAAUUGAAAGCACACUCUUGUAGGGUCAUGUAACUUAACAGUCCAGUAAUAAGGUGCUUCUAAGCAGAACAGCUGUGCUGUUUGCCUAGUUCUCUCAUAAUCUUUAGCACCUAAAACAUGUUAAAAGCUUCCAAAUGCCUAAUAUAAGGGUAGAUGCUUCUAGCCACACUAUGUAUUUUAAUAAUAUCAUUUCUAUUACACUACCUUGGAUUUUGCAUGAAUGAAAAUACUAACCCAAGAUGCCAUGAGAAAACUUCAUUUUGCGAGUUGGUCACUUCCAGUUUUACUGAAAACCACCACCGUGGAGUAAAGUCACCAGAGGUUUGUAAUCUCACUGAUUUCACCAGAAAGACUUUCAUCAAUCACAGGGGUAUUAUACUAUGCUUAAAAAAAAAAUUGCCUCAGAAGGACAUAGAAUCAUUGUCCAGUGUGCCAUAUUAAUAGUACAUAUAACAUGUUAAUAGUACUUUUUUACUACCGAAGAGGCACAUCAGAAUAAAAAGUUAAAUUUCAGAAGUGCUUUUCCUGGAUGUAUGGUCGAAAUUUUUUUGGGUACUAUCUGGAGCUAGCUCAAUGGAUUUCCAGCAAAGGGUUAGUCUCGAGUCUUCCCUCUGUGGUUUGGUUUUUAGUUUGUGAUGUAUCAAACUAAUUUUACUCAAGGUGAGGGUGUGCAACAAGGCAGGUUUUGAGUUUUCUGGUACUGUUGAAAACUACCAAGUAUUGGCUAAACUAUAUAUACUUUGCCAUAACUUGAACCAAGCUUCAGAGCUGUCUAUGUAUUAAUUAAUUGGUCAGAAAGCUGCUUAUUUGCUUUGAUGAUUGCCUCAGGAUAUCUCUUUUACAAUAAGCUGUUUUUAAGAGGAAGAGAAGGGAAAUACCUACCUAAACAGUACGAACCUCAGAGUUUGCGAUACCCCUAGCACAGGGAUCUGAGGGAGAGAAGUGAAGGGCUUUCUGAAGUUGGAUUGCUUUGGAAUAGGAUCAGCUGUCCUUAGGCCAGUCGGUUUUUGCAUUGUUCACUCAGAAAGUCAACCCUGUGUUUCCUUCUUCCACACGAAUGUGUUGCUGAACUGAUUCUAUUUUCUCUUUAAAAAUGAAAGUUAACUUUGAAAUUCAUAGCAGGUGCCUUAUUCUUUGCGUUUUGAGUCAAAUCAUUCCAUAUUGAUUUCCCUUGGUUUACUAUAGACAAUUAGCUUUAAAAAAUGUAUGAUGUCUUUAUUAACUUGGAUGUUAAAGUUGCAUUCCCUUUGUAAUUCAUGUGUAAUUUACCAAUUGAAUGCAUUUUAUAUUAAGAAUGGAUUAUGGAUUAUGCAUGUUUGGGUCAAUGAAAGCUGUGUCUGAUUUAUCCUUUAAAAAUAAAGUUCCCUGAAUAUUUGCUAUA